GCGGAGCGCGGGGCGGCGGCCGGGCGGCGGGGCGGCGGGGCGGCGGGGCGCUGCGGGCUGGCGCUCGGGGCCCUGCACCUGUGACUCGGCUGCGCUCGCCCUCCCGCUCGGCGCCCGCGGCCCCAUGGCCCCGUCCCGCCUGCAGCUCGGCCUCCGCGCCGCCUACUCCGGCCUCAGUUCGGUGGCCGGCUUCUCCAUCUUCCUCGUCUGGACGGUGGUCUACAGACAGCCGGGGACCGCGGCCAUGGGGGGGCUGGCAGGUGUGCUGGCGCUGUGGGUCCUGAUGACACACGUGAUGUACAUGCAGGAUUACUGGAGGACCUGGCUCAAGGGGCUCCGCGGCUUCUUCUUCGUGGGCGUCCUGUUCUCGGCCAUCUCUGUCGCCACCUUCUGCACCUUCCUUGCACUGGCCAUCACCCAACACCAGAGCCUCACAGACCCCAACAGCUACUACCUCUCCUGCGUCUGGAGCUUCAUCGCCUUCAAGUGGGCCUUCCUGCUCAGCCUGUACGCCCAUCGCUACCGGGCCGACUUUGCUGACAUCAGCAUCCUCAGCGACUUCUGACCCAGGAGCUGCAGUCUCUGCCCCCACCCCCUGGGGGUUCUUGGGACUUGGACUUGACCUCUGAGACAUCCCUCAGCUCUUCCCACACACACCCACUGGAGGGUGGGGAGAGCGGGGCGGGGGGAGCAGCAUCGUGGCAGAAAAUACACAGCCAGAGGACUGUG